CAAUACAUUUAUUUAUCACAAUACAGAUAAUAUUGAUACAUAGUCCAACCAAACUUAUGUGUCAUGUACUUCUUAUCAUCCCAACCUAUAAAUAAAAUAAUUAAUUGUUUAUAUAGUUUAAAAAUUUCGAUUUUAUAGGUCUUAAGAAAUUUAUUAUGUUGCAUCACUGAAUGCCUUUUAAAGACAACCUGUAUAUCUACGUAUUUACAUUCAAGAUAGAAGGAGCAUCUUUAUGAUAAAUAAAGCAUGUAUUCAAUUGUGGAGCUUACAGGGAACAGCUGUUGCGCAUAGUAUACUAUUCAUUCCCGCGUGAAAAAUUUUAUAACAUUUUGUAUUAGAUUAUCGUUUUUUCAAUUUUAAUAAUAUUUACAUUAUAAUAAUCAUAGUUGAAUGUUGAAAUGAAUCAUAUUUACGAAAGACAGAUCGUUUUUAAUUUUAUGAAAGGAUAGUGUAUUGAUUUAAAAAUAUUAAAGUAAAAGUGUUAUUUUUUAAAAAUAAUAAUUAAUUUGAAACAGAAGAUGGAUAAGUUAAGGAGAGCUUUAAGUGGUAAUGAUCAAUGCGAUGAAGAAAGUGGUAUUAUUACUCAGAUGUGGAUUUUUUGGUUAUGGAUCAAUCUACGUUAAGUUGGUCUACUCGAAUAAAAGCACAUGCUUUUUGAUGGGUCCAUUCAAUCAGUUUAAGAAGAUGUUUGCACCAACAAGAGUCGUGGCAACUGUUUUAGUAUUUAUCGCAAUUGUAAUGACAUUAUUUGCAGCUUUGCAUCUGAAAAAUCCUGGAUUGGCUCUUAUGUUUAUAAUUAUUCAAUCAUUGGCAAUGACUUGGUAUUCCUUAUCUUAUAUCCCCUAUGCACGUGAUGCUGUCAGAAAAACUCUGGAAUCAUGUAUCACAUGAAAAAGCUUGCAAAACGUACAAUAAUAUCUCUAACUUAACAAAAAUGUUCAAACUUAUAUACUGUUAUUUUAUAUUAUAUAAAUUAUAAACUGAAAUAAAAAAUUAACUUAAGGCACAAUGUAGUAUUAAUCAAAUAGAAAUUUUUACAAUUAAAAUAUACGUAUACCUCAUGUGAUAAGAUGUUUUUGCAUAUAUAUUUAAUAUUGUAAUAUUUUAUAAUAUUGUAAAUAAAGGAAAGUAAAGGAAUCUACUAAGUUUAUGUAAGAUAUGUAAUAUUAUAAUGUUAUUUCUUUUGUAAUGUUUAUUACGUCUUAUAUUUAUUAAUCUUUGUACAGUGUAUUAAUAACUUUAUAUAUUAAAUGGAAAUCAAAUUAUUUAUUGCUCGUAAUAUGAAUUUCUUUAUCUUUUUAUCUAUCUAUUAUCUUCUACUUACAAAUAUGUAUGUCUGUAAAUGUAUAUUUUGUAUAACACUGAGUUAAUCUUGCUUUAACUAUUACUAUAAUUAAACUAAAAUUGUAUUAAUAAUGUAAUUAUAAAAAAUUCGCUUUCUAAUUUUAAUAAUAAACUAGAAGGCAUUGAAAAAACAUAAAUUUAAAAUAUUGCUAAAAUGUUCCGUUACGAUUAAUUUUUCAAGUACGAUUUACAUCUUCAUUAUUUAAAAGUAUCAUGAAGAUUAGUAAAAGAUUAUGAAAGUUAAAUGGAUUAUUUUAUUUUAAUAAUACAGAUUAUAUGAAAUUCAUGAAGGUAAAUGGUAUUUUGAUUAGUUUGUUUUCAUUUAAAAAUUAAACGUUGAAUAUUGAACAACCAAUCACAUCUCAUCAUAAUUGCAACCACCAAUCAUGAUUCAAUACGAUAUUUCGUCAUACACGGAUGGAAGUCCUAGUUGGUUGAAGGUAUAAACAAUAAUUUCUUUUACGUCCUUCGAUUAACAGCAACAGGUUCUAAGUACAAAGAAAAUUCUUUAGCAGCCAUUAUACCUUUAACGCGCGGGUCGCGAUCGGUUCAUGAAGUGUUCGAUAAUCCAUCCUUUAUUCUGCAUAUCUUAAUAUUUAUUGACAUACUUUCA